AUGGAGACUGAGGAUUGGGAAACCACAAAUGUAGUCAUUUGUGGCUGUGGCCCAACCGGGGCUAUGCUCUCGGCUUAUUUGGGCCAGAUGUCGGUUCCUAAUGUGGUGCUAGAGCGAGAAGCUGAUAUCACCACCGAUCCUCGUGGAAUCGCCUUGGAUGAGGACGGCAUUCGCUUUCUCCAAGGGGUCGGUAUGGGUAUGUUCAACUUUAUCGGCGGAACAGAGCCAGUCUUGAAGAAAAGCCCGUUUCUCGCUUUGAAUUAUAGCACGACGGCCGGGGGAACAGGUCACAUAGGCUUUAUCUCUCACAAACAACCUAUACUCGAAAAUAAUUUGCGAAAGGCCAUGUCACAUAGCACAUUUUGCGUUUUGAGGUCGGAAUCCACAGUGUAUGAAUUGUGCGAAGAUGAGCAGUGGAUCUACUGCAAGUAUCAAGAUGCACAAGGAACUGAACAGAGAAUUCGCGCGCGAUUUUUCGUUGGCGCGGAUGGCAAGACGGGGUUUACACGGAAACAGUAUCUGGAGCCAAAAGGGGUACAUAUGGAGAAAGUUACCGAGUAUGUGCCAUAUGCUAUCGCCGUUAAGUGCUUCACUGACUCUGCGAGUAGGGAAUUUUACGAGGAGACUUGGGUAGCACUGAACUGGAAAAUCGCAUUGCCCACACCGGAGUCACACCCAGCGUUUCCCUUGUGGACGUUGGGAUAUACUCCGGAACAAGUGUAUGACCUCUUCUUUCCCUAUGAGUUCCGUUUUCUUUGCAAUCCGAAUCGCCCCGCCGUAUGCGGACGAUUCGGUCUUCAAUCAGACCGGCUGUGGAGAUUCGAAUUUGUUGUUCACCCAGGGGAGGACGGCUACGAGAUGGCGAAACCGGAAUCGAUAAAGAAGAUUGUCUUCCCUUAUGUGACACAUCGGGGAAGUCAAUAUAAUCUUCCGCAUGAUGUACAAUUCCCUGAAGACUGUAUACAUGUUAUCCGAUCCCGCCCGUUUACCUUUUCCGCACGCAGCUGCAAUGCCUGGGCGAAGGACCGUGUUAUCCUUUGUGGUGAUGCUGCGCACGUAUUUCCUCCUUUCGGAGGACAAGGGAUUGCGUCGGGAUUUCGCGAUGCUGCUUCCCUAGCAUGGCGACUCGCUCUACUAUGUCAUCAUCAUCCAACCACCCCCAAAUUCCACGAACAAGUCCUGGAUGCGUGGUAUCAGGAGCGAAAGCAACAACUUGAGAAGUCUCUAGCUACGACAAUCGAGAAUGGGAAGUUUGUGUGCGAAGCCAACUCCAGCAAAAUCUUCAUACGGGACUGGUAUCUUUGGCUGGCCCAACUAUUUCCCAGCUGGAAACGCCAUCUCCAAUUGGGGCGACGAAAGGACGGGUUGAUCCGAUAUGUACACUCUGAAGGGAUGCCUUUCCUGCCGGAGCUCAACGGUGGCCUGAACCUGCCUCAAGUCUUCUGCAAGGAUAUGACUGGAAAGGUGCUUUUCACCGACGAUGUCAUCUUCCGCUCUAAGCAGAAGAGUAUCUUCCGGCUAUUCGUUUAUCUACGCAAUGAUGAGGAGCUAGCGCGCACUCGGACGGUUCUGGGGGAAGUAGAGGAGCUUUCACGAAGAGAAUUCGCUGCUGACCAAGUUCCCUUUGUCAUUGAGGAUAUCACAAAGCGUGAAGUUGGUGAUCAAAAAAAUCUGUUUCAGAUCGCGAGCGCUGAAGAGUUUGCCCGGUCACCGCUGUGUAGGGGCCGCCCCGAGCCUACCUAUUAUGAACCAUUCCUCAUUCGCACGGAAGUUCGUGCGAAAUACAUCAUCGUGCGUCCAGAUCGGGUUGUCUUUGCGGCAUGUGUAGAUGAGCAGAGUUUGAAGACGGCUAUUGGUUGUAUGAAGGAUAUAUUGCGUUGCUAG